AUGACACUAGCACCUGUGAUGGAAGUUAUUGAAAAGGAUCAACAGAAUCAUCCUCAUCAUAAUUAUAUUUAUAAAAUAGAGACCAAUACGAAUGAAUUGUUAUCGGCAGCAUCUUCAUCAUCAACUCAAAUAUUAACACCAUCACCUUCUGUUCGUUAUUUAUUGUUACAUAGGGAUUUGGUAUUCAAAUGUUGGAAAGGCUUUGUUGGAAUUUUGAGUCAUCAGAAAUUUCAAUCAUUAUCGGAAUCAUUUUCAUUAUCAUCAUCAACACCAUCACUAUUGAAUUUAUCAUCAACUGGUACUAAUACUGUUAAACCAUCACCAUUAAUUGGAUUAGAACAUGGUGAUUUAAAUGAAGAAUAUUUCUAUGAAUUGAAUAAUUUUGAAAAACCAAUUGAAUAUUCAGGAUUUACAAAGACAAUAUUUAACAAGUUGAAUAUUAAUCAUUUGACAAAUAGUGAUAAAUCAAUUUCAUCGGGUGAAUUAGAUAGCGUUGAAAAGGAGACUAGCUCCGAUUCUAAAGAAGAAUUAAACAAUUCACUUCAAUUUAUUGAAAUGAAUGAACAAGAAAUUGAGCAUUUCAAACAGUAUAUGAAUGAAAUUUAUUGGAUUGGAUUUGACUGUAAUCACUCACUUGCCUUAAACUUGUUUGUAUUAAAUAAUAUGAAUACCAAUAGUGAUGAUCCAGAUGCUGUUUAUGAAAUGCUUAUGGAAUUAUUGGAAUCAUCACCAAUUGAUUUUAUUGACAUUUCACCAAUUGAAUAUAUUCAGGAUGAAUCUAUUCAAGAAGUAAGAAAACUCAUUGAUGAAUUUAUACCAGAGAGAUCCUACAAAACUCAUCAAAGCUGUUUAGAAUAUGCAACAUUACUCAAUCAAUUAUUAUAUUUCUAUGAAGAAAUUCUGAGACAACAAUCAAACAUUCAAGUGAAUACUGGUAAAUUAAUUUCUCUCAAUGAUUUAUUCAAUAAAAAGUAA